AGAGAUUGAAAAAAACAGAACCAAAAAAUGACGGAUUCGACGUCCCCAUCAGAGGAUUUUGCAUGCGGGAAGGAAUUGUUCAACCCAGUCUUAACAAUGGGGAUGCAGUAUUCAUGCAUUCUUGUCAUCUCUCAUUUCCUUCAGAUUCUUCUCAAGCCCCUUGGCCAGGCCGCCCCCAUCGUUCAAAUCCUCGCUGGAUUUCUAUUAGGUCCGUCCGGAUUGUCACACAUCCCGGCGGUGAACAGUUUCUUCCUCCAGAAUUUUGCGGCGGAUUACUAUGAAUUCAUGGCGGUCCUCUUCAGGAUCAUAAUCAUGUUCCUAAUUGGCCUGGAAAUGGACUUCCCCUACUUCCUCCGCAAGCUCCGGCCAGCCAGCAUCAUAGCCUGCGGCUCAUGCUUGGUCUGCACUUUCUUCGCCGCCGCCAUAACAUCGUUCGUGUACCAAGAGACAUCGUCCCACGGCUCCGGGUUCAUGAUGGGGCUGAUGAUCACAAUCAUCCUGGCCAGCACCGCCUCCCCCGUGGUGGUCCGUCUGGCGGUGGAUUUGAAAUUCGCGACUUCGGACAUCGGACGCAUGGCCAUCUCUUCCUCCUUGAUCAACGACGCCUACGGGGUGGUGUUGCUGUUCGUGAUCUCCAAGACGAGGCAGCACUAUUCCUACACGGCGUGGGUUUUCCUCGGCCUGCUCUACCUCUUUGUGGUGGCGGUCGUGGUGGUGGUCAACAUGUACGUCGCGAACUGGAUGAACCGGGGGAACAGGAACCAGAAGUACCUUAAGAACGCCGAAAUGUUCGGGCUUCUGGCUAUUCUGUACAUCGUCGCCAUGUCUCUUGAGCUCAUGGGAUUCAGCAGCUUGAUAUUUUCCUUCCUCAUCGGGUCAAUGUUCCCGCGCGGGGGGAGAGCGGCCCGGACAUUGUUGACCAAACUCACGUAUCCGGUUCACAACUUCAUACUCCCGAUUUAUUUCGGGUACUUCGGGUUCAAGGCGGAUGUGGCAUUCAUCAACAGCCUACGGAACUUCUGCAUCGUGUUUUUCGUGAUGCUGCUGAGUUUUGGAGGCAAGAUUGUUGGCACUUUGGCUGCUUGCUAUCACCUCAAGAUUCCCUACUAUGAAGGAGUGCUCAUGGCUUUCCUAAUGAACCUGAAAGGCCAUGUUGACUUGCUGGCUUUAACUAUUGGGUCAACAAACAGAAUCAUACUGAGUGACACAUUCUUCAGCUUGAUGAUAUCAGCAGUGGUGUUGAACUCAUUGAUAUGGGGACCCAUCAUAGCUUUGAUGAUCAUACUGAGUGACACAUUCUUCAGCUUGAUGAUAUCAGCAGUGGUGUUGAACUCAUUGAUAUGGGGACCCAUCAUAGCUUUGAUGGUGAGAAGAGAGCAAGACAUCAUCGGAUACCGGCAAAUAUAUUUCGAGACUCAGAGUCCGGAAUGCGAACUCCGGACUCUGGCUUGCGUCCACAGCCCUCGGCCGGUGGCGACCAUGGUGGGACUCAUAGCAGCUUCGAGAGGUCCCGAGAAUAUUCCCCAGACCCCUUACUUGAUGCACCUGGUUGAGCUCCCAGGGAAUAAGAGCAAUGCAAACUUAAUGUACAACCAGAAAGAGGAAGAUGAGGUCAGCGAUGACGACGACUACGGCGGGAACGACGUGGUGGAGAUCAACGACGCGGUGGACCUGUUCACGGCGGAGACAGGGGUGAUGGUCCACCAGAUCAAAGCCGUGGCGCCCUUCGCCACCAUGUACAGAGACGUUUGUGAUUAUGCCGAGGACAUAAGAGCUUCUAUCAUUCUCCUCCCUUUCCACAAGCACCAGAGAAUAGAUGGGAAACUGGAGACAAGUAAAGAAGGUAUCAGGACUACUAACCAGAAAGUUCUUCGUCACGCGCCGUGUGCGGUUGCCAUUCUGGUAGACCGGGGGCUCACGGCUGGCUCCUUGAGUCUCUCCGGCUCGGAUUCCCUGCAACACAUAGCGGCACUUUUCUUCGGUGGGCCCGAUGAUCGGGAGGCAUUGGGAUUCAGUAAGAGACUGGGAAUGCAUAAUCACAUCAACCUCACGAUUAUUCGGUUCCUUUCUGCUUCGGGACAGGUGCAGAGUGUGGGUGUUGACAUCGCUCACAAGGAGGAAAGCAUUCUAAUGGCGAUUUCUGAUCGUGAAACGGAGAGAGAGGCUGAUAAUGAAGUGUUGUCGGAAUUCUACCAUAGGUAUGUGACGUCGGGUCAAGUAGGGUACGUAGAAAAGGUAGUGGAGAAUGGGUCAGAAACAGCAGGUGCAUUGAGGGACAUGGCGGACAUGUAUUCUUUGUUCAUAGUGGGGAAGGAAGGGAGAGGGCACUCAUCACCUCUAACAACUGGAAUCAGUGAUUGGGAAGAGUGUCCGGAGCUUGGGAAAGUAGGAGACUUUUUGGCUUCUGCAGAGUUUGAUUUCUGUGGCUCGGUUCUCGUCAUGCAGCAGCAUAGACCUUCGAAGCACGAUGACGAUGAUGACUAGCCAUAGCAGCGCCGAACACGUCCGUUUUCCUCAUUUUCUCUGCAGCCAAAAGAUGGAAAGAAAUGAAAUGUUGUAUAAUGU